AUGUUAGGCAGUAGAGCAAGGGGGUUGCGCUUCGUUGUGCAAUUCAAGCUUUUUCCAACAUCAUUAUGCAACAAAUCUGCUCAGAGAAGUUCCUUUUGUACUUCGACAAAGAACAGUAACAACAACUGCAAGGACAUCAUCACUGAUGAAAGGUAUCGGCAGCUCGAAAAUCUCGACAUGAUGACUGCCAUCAAGAUCCUUUUCACUGAUCCCCCAAAGAAGAGAAAGUUUGGGUUUGAUUUCCAUCUUGUGCAAUUCUUUUUUGCCUGCAUGCCUUCCUUGGCUGUAUAUUUGGUGGCGCAGUAUGCUCGUUAUGAAAUAAGAACAAUGGAAGCGGAAGUGGAGCAAAAAAGGAAGAAGAAGGAAGAAGAAGAAGCAAAGGAAAGAGAAAAAGAAUUGGAGCUAAAUCCUCCUGAGGAAAAGGAAGCAAAUCCCCUGCUGUCAGAGGUGAAUGAAAGACUUGACAAACUUGAAGAGACUGUAAAGGAGAUUGCUGUUGUAACAAAGAAACAAUCACGCAGUAACACAGAAGCAAAUCAGAUAACUGGUGAUGAGAAAGAACCCCUAAAUAGUUCUGCACCAAUGAACACUAGUGGAGAAAAGGAUAAUUCAAAGUCGGUAUUAGGCGAAGAAAGUAAGGGUUCAGUGGCAAAUCCAAAUUCUUCUCUUCAGAAUCCAACAAGCCAGAAUCAAAGCGGAAAAGCUUCUUGA